GGCGUCCCAGAAAUUAAAAGCCUAUUUCCCCUGCGCUAAAACUACUUCUAUCCGCGCUGUUUCCGAAAAUAAAUUAUUUCUGCCAUCAUAUUAACAUUACAGCUUUAUAUUUAACACUCUUCUCGCAGCUUUGGUGCAUUCUGCGUCACCGCCGCGGCUGCUUUUACUCCGCUGGUGCUGCUGCUGUGAGCUAACUUAACGCAAAGAUGGCGGAGGACGAGAAGAGUGGGGAGCCUGUGAAAGAGAAAGACGAGCUGCAAAUUCUCAAGGAGCUCGUGGAUGACCUGUAUAAUUUCAGAGAUUGCUAUUUCGAGACUCACAGUGUGGAGGAAGCCGGGAGGAAACAAAGCGAUGUCGCGGAGGAGAUCGAAAAGACACUCAAGAAGCUGGAAGAGAAAGAAGAUCUCUUCAGACACAAAGCAGAGUUUCUGCUGCAGAAGGGCAGGUGUCUCAACGUGGCUCCGGACUUCAGUGCCGUAGCAGAAGAGUGCCUUUCGCGUGCCGUGAAGCUGGAGCCCGGCCUGGUGGAGGGCUGGAACACGCUGGGGGAGCAGUACUGGAAAAAAGGAGACCUGACUGGUGCCAAGAACUGCUUCACUGGAGCCUUGCAACAGAGCAAGAACAAAGUGUCUCUACGCAACCUGUCCAUGGUGCUGAGACAGCUGCCGACAGCGGACAGCAACGCACAAGGCAAGCAGGUGCUGGAGAGUGUGGACAUGGCCCGGCAAGCUAUCCAGCUGGACAUUGCAGACGGGACGUCCUGGUAUAUCCUGGGAAAUGCCUAUGUGUCCCUGUUUUUCAGCUGUGGACAGAAUCCACAGUUGUCUCAACAAGCUCUAAGUGCCUACGCACAGUCUGAGAAAGUGGACAGGACCGCCUCUUGUUACCCGGAGCUGCAUUUCAACCGAGCCACUCUGUUCCAGUACGAGGAGAUGUACGGGUCUGCGCUCGGCGGCUACAGCCGAGCCGCGGCGCUCGACCCCGGCUGGGAGGAGCCUCCGGAGAGAGAGAAGCAGCUGUUGGAGUAUCUGGGGAAAAUCAAAGAACUCAUACAGAACAAGGGGAAGGUGAAGGCGCGCCGAUUGAGGACGAUGCUCUCUAACCUCAGCACGUCAUCCUUGGGUCCCUGCUCCUCCCCUCAGUUCCGUUCCCCGACAGGCCGCGUCGGCAGCCUGGAGCCUCGAACUCUGUCCUCCCUCACGCAAGGUCACAACGCCAGGGUGGCUGCCCUGGGAAAGGUGGUGUUCAGCCUGGCCUCUGAGGGUCGCAUGGCCUUCACGUUCGGCAUGGUGGACAGCGAGGAGACGUGUAUAGUGGUGAUGGUGUACAACACAGCGGACAGCUGGGGCGUCCUGAUAGGAGACACUGUAGUCAUUCCCGAGCCUCAGGUCAAACGAAAUAGUAUAACGCAUAAAGAUCAGUCGUUUGACUUCAGGAGUAUACGAGUAGACUCUCCUCUGCUCCUCAUCGUCAACGGCAAGAAACAAAACAUCCAAAGUCAGAUCGCUGUCUCAGUCAGCUACAAGCCGCAGAGCGAAUGAGCUGAACAAGCGAGAGGACGUGCAGCAACAGGACCAAUUCUUUCUGGGUUUUUAAGAAGCGUUUGAAAAUAUGGACGUGUGACGUUUCCAAAGUUUGUGCCUGUUUUAUGUGUUGUUUUGUACAUAGAGGUCACCUUGUUACUUUGUCUUUAGAUAGACUCUUUGUUUAUAUUUAUAAAUAAUUCUUUUUUUGUAUUCUGUUGUUGCAGAGACAACACGGACCUCUUUUUUUGUAAAUGAACGAACUUGUGAUGAUGACAAUGUGAUGUCAGAAUUGUGACUUAAGUUUACCCCGAAAUAUAAAAUCCUUUCAUCCUAAA